AUUCGCAACACUCUCUCUCCCCUCCCCCACACGCUCAUAAUUUUUAUAUUAUCUCUCUCUCUCUUCGUGGUGAUGUUGUUCUAGAUAGACGGCCUUCUGCAUCAGACCCAGGUUCUUCUUCUUCUUCCUCUUCGCAAUCAUGGGCUGAUUUUUUUUUUCCCCUCCAUUAAUUUCAUGUAUCGAUAUAAUGGAAAUACAGAUGCCGAUUUUCCGCGAGUUUUUGUGGUUCGGCUAUGCUGAAAGUUCAAAUUAUUGAAUAUCUAUGAAGACGGCGUAAUCUGAUUCGGAACGUUGUGUGAAUAUUUUUUGCCAUUCAAUCCUGAUAUCCUUUUUAUAAAAUCAAGAGCAAUAGUCUGAGAAGCAAUCAAGGAAAAUUGGAAUGUGAAAAUUGUUAUGUUGAACCCAUGAUAAGGUUUAGUGAUGGGGUCACUAAACAUGGAGAAGAAAUGGGUAUUUCCUCUUGUCAUAAGUUCACUCAUCUGCAUUUUCCUUCUUGCUACUUCUUUCAACAUGGGUCUUGUCUCUUCAUUACACACAAUCAACUCAAUCUUCUCAUUUUUCCCAACUCGCAACCAAACAAACCCUGUCUUUGUUGAAUCGAAGGUUGUAAAACCUCCUCCUCCCGCUGGGCCUGCCAUUCCUCGUUUUGCUUAUCUGAUUUCAGGAUCAAGAGGUGAUUUAGACAAGCUUUGGAGAACUCUUCAAGUAUUAUAUCAUCCGCGGAACCAAUAUGUUGUUCAUUUAGACCUUGAAUCACCAGCUGAAGAAAGAUUGGAGCUUGCUUCCCGAAUAGAAAAGGAUCCAAUUUUUGCAAAAAUUCAGAAUGUCUUCAUGAUUAAGAAAGCUAAUAUGGUUACAUAUAGAGGGCCCACCAUGGUUGCUAAUACACUUCAUGCCUGUGCCAUUCUUCUCAAGAGGAGUAAGGAAUGGGAUUGGUUUAUUAAUCUCAGUGCUUCAGAUUAUCCUCUUGUGACUCAGGAUGAUCUUCUUUACACAUUUUCGAGUUUAGAUCGGAACCUGAACUUCAUUGAGCACACAAGCCGGUUGGGUUGGAAGGAAAAUCAAAGGGCAAUGCCUUUGAUGGUAGACCCUGGGCUUUACAUGUCAACAAAGUCAGAUAUUUUCUGGGUUACACCACGGAGAACUCUGCCUACAGCAUUUAAAUUAUUCACUGGUUCAGCAUGGAUGAUCCUCACACGUUCUUUUGUUGAAUAUUUUGUAUGGGGUUGGGACAAUCUGCCAAGAACCCUUCUCAUGUACUACACAAACUUUGUAUCCUCCCCUGAAGGCUACUUUCAGACUGUCGUAUGCAAUGUGCCUGAGUUUGUUCAAACUGUUGUCAAUCAUGACAUGCACUACAUUUCUUGGGACAAUCCUCCAAGACAACACCCACAUACCCUCUCCAUUAAUGACACAGAUAAGAUGAUUGCAAGUGGUGCUCCUUUUGCCCGGAAAUUCAAAAGAGAUGACCCUGUCUUGGAUAAGAUUGACAAGAAAUUACUUGGCCGAAAAAACGGGAGCUUCACUCCUGGUGGUUGGUGUGCAGGAAAACCACUUUGUUCCAAGGUUGGUGACCUUACGAGACUCAAACCCGGACCGGGGGCUAAAAGAAUCAGACGACUCAUAUCUGGGAUAGUUGAUUCGCCUAAUUUUCAUGAAAAUCAGUGUAAAUAGAUUUCAUUGAGGCACUAUUGCUUGCGAUUGGAAAUAAAAUGAAAUAGAAAGUUCAAAGUGCCCGUUCUCCAAUAAUUUAUUGGAUAAUUGUAGCCAAGGGAGGAGCAUUGAUGCUCGAUGCAGCUACGGCCUCACCAUUGUUAGAUAGGUAUUCUAGAGCCAUUACAAGCAGGGCAAUUCAUAAGCGUCUGCAGGUGGGAUUGAAACAAAGCCCGAUCACGUGUCUUUUUUGGUAGGUUAUGUUGCGGUAAAAUUGUUGCACCUAUAUAGAUCGUGAUGCAUCUUUAGAUUCUUAGUUUUUGCCUUCAUUUUUUUUUUUUUUUUAAGUUUUUAAAAUUUUUUUGGCCUUGAAAUGUUUUGGAUUUCUAACUUUCUGUGUAAUUCUCUUUCUGGUCAUGGUUAAUUCUGAAGCCUCAGGACGGACAUUGCCGCCACCACAAAAUUUGGAUAAGCUAUUCAUGAGUUGUCUCUUGUGUUACAGAUGAUGACUUUCUGAGAAAUUGUUCCAUGUCAAUAUUUUUUCCUUAACUUCUGAGUUUCCUAGAUGGAAUUGUGAACUGGAUUUCUGCCCAACCUGACAAAUGUUCUUUAUUUUUCUUUAAUGCAACGGUUUGAGAUAAGAUGACA